CCACUGAUGGAACCCCAGAGGAAAAGCUCUGCGGAGGACAGCUCUGGAGAGCGAGGCUUGCUCCAUUCCUGGAAGGGCUACUCCUACAGCCUCACCCCAGAGAAGUUGCUCCUCUCUCGGCCUGUUCUUCACGCUGCCUUGGGCACCAGGCAUGGGGUUCUGUUGGUAGAAGGGGGGCAGGUUUACAGCUUUGGGGAGCUGCCAUGGAAAAAGAUCCAGGCUCACGAGCCGUCAAAACCACUCCUGGAGAGUGCGCUCAGUGGCCAGCGGGUGGUUGCUGUAGCAGCGGGAAGCUUCCACAGCGGGGCAGUGACAGAGGAUGGGGGUGUUCAUAUGUGGGGAGAGAAUUCGAUGGGCCAGUGUGGCCUGGCAGGCCUCAGCAUGGUCCCUAACCCCACCCCGGUGGCCCUGCUGGACUCAGAGGCCAGCCCACCUCAAACAGUACCGGUUCUGGAGCUUGCCUGCGGGGAGCGGCACACGCUGGCCCUUUCGGCCCAGCAUGAGGUGUGGGCCUGGGGCAGUGGCUGCCAGCUGGGCCUCAUCACCACUACGUUCCCCGUCUGGAAGCCCCAAAAGGUUGAGCACUUCGCAGGCAGGCGUGUGCUCCAGGUGGCAUGUGGGGCUACUCACAGUCUGGCCCUGGUAUGCUGCCCGGGGCCCCAGGAGGCCCAGCGGCUUCCUCAGGAUAAAUGUGGGCAGUGUAACCAGUUACUUUUCACCAUGACCGACAAAGAGGACCAUGUCAUCAUCUCGGACAGCCACUACUGCCCCAUGGGGGUGGAGCUGACGGAGGUAGAGGGUAUGCUGGAGCCACCAGCCUCCAUCCAGGGUCUCAGAACCUCUCCAUCGGAGCCUGUCCUCUCCUCCCACACCUCCACGAUCAGCCCCCCUGCCCCACCUGCAGCCGUCCCCACCACAGAGAAAAGUACAGAUACCACCUCUGUGAACUCCCACCACCAGGCAGCAACCAACAGAAUGCUGCCCACCUCAGCUUCAGAGCCCUCGACCCAGUCCGGUGAUGGUGGUGUUGGUUUUGUGGCCGGGGUCCGGGGCUCCCCUUACCCCAACGAACAGGCCGUCAAAGAUUACCUGAAGAGACUGUCGGACCACACGCAAGCAGAGCAGAUGGCCAAGGCUGCAGCAGGAGGAUUACACACUUUAACGAGUCAGCCGUCGGUGGACGGCCUCACCUCAGUGCCCUUCAGCAAUGCCACCCCCGUCGGCGGCCGCAACUCCACCCUCAACAGCUUGGUGGCGUCCUGCGCCUCGGCAGUGGGUGAACGGGUGGCCUCCACCUAUGAGGCCUUGUCCCUCAAAAAGAUGAUGAACUUCUACCUGCCCUCAGCGGCAGUACCAGCGGCGUCCGGAGGGCCGGCAGGGCUUCUCAGGAGCAUUCCUGGUCCGGGGGAGAGCAGCAGGGAGCGGGUCUACCUGGAAGACUCCAUGCAGGGGAAGAAGAGCUCCAGCACAGGCGACAUCCGCCAGGAGGAGGCUGAGGGUCUACGCCGCCGCCUCUCCCUCCCAGGACUCCUCUCUCAGGGUAGAUACGCUGUUCACCUCUUAUCCUCCUCCUAUACACUGCUGCUGUCCCCACGGCUCCUUCGGAAGAUCGGCCGGCCCCGGAUGCGUGCGGUGGCCCUGACCCCUCUAGGAGGAGGAGUCCCCGGGGACCAGGAGGUCCUCCCGUCUCUGCAGACGGAGGUGUGGAGCUGGGGCCACGGGGAGCUGGGCCAGCUGGGCCAUGGAGAUGACCUCGCCCGGUUGCAGCCCCAGUGCAUCAAGAGUUUGAGCAAUAAGGAAGUGGUGCGCGUGGUGGCUGGCGCUCACCAUUCACUGGCUCUGACGGCUCAGUCUCAGCUCUUUUCUUGGGGCAGUAAUACCUCUGGACAGCUUGGACACAUGGAGUCCCCGAGCACCAUCCCCCGCCUUGCCAAGCUGUCGGAGGGGAUUCGUGUUUGGGACGUCGGGGCGGGGGAGAAGCACACUGUGCUGCUGGCUGAUGGCGACUGCAUCCAGCCCAUCCUGUAUUACAGCGGGCAGCAGGUCAGAGAGGAGGUGCAGGGGAGCCAACCCAAAGAGAUGACACAGGGAGAGGAGGAGGAGGCGGGGGAAGGGCAUGGAGGGGGCUUUACCCUUCAACCCGUCCUGCUGCCCUUCUGCAUGAACCUGGGCUAUGUGAGCAGUGUGUUUGCGGGGGGCCAAAGGUGCGUGGCUCUGUCAGACCGGAAUGUGAUGGGAUUCAUCGCCAGCCUCCACGAGCUCGCAUCAGCCGAGAGGAGGUUCUACUGCAAGCUGAGCAGCAUUAAGACUCAGAUCAUCCGCCCCCUGCUGGAGCUUGAGUCUCUGAGUUCAGCGCUGGGGCCGGUGUCUGUGGGGCUCCUGCAGAUGUUGGCAGGUCGCUUCAGCCUCCUGUGUCGCCUGACGGGGCAGCACUCGGCCAGCCUGACUGCCAACCUGCGGCGUGGCCGUGACGUCAAGGGCCUGCUCAUCCUCGACCAUGCACACAUCUUUCUUGACUCCCAUCUCGAGUACUGCAGCUCUGUGAGCAACUUUCAGGUGAUGGGCGGCUUCCAAGCCUUGACCAAGCCCUCAGUAGAUUUCUUUGGGAAGAGCCCUGAGCUCCUGCAGAGGCUGGCCGAGUGCAGCGAGGAGAACCCUCCCAUGGCCGACCUGCUGGUGGCACUCUUCUACCUCCCUACACGCCACCUCCAUGAGUAUGGGCGGCUCCUUCUCAAACUGGCCACCUGCUUCGAGGUGAGCUCCAGUGACUACCAGAGACUCCAUGAUGGCUGCUCCAAAUUUGAAGCUCUGGUUCUUCAGCUGAAGAGGAAGAGGAAAGAGGCUGAGUACACCCAUCACUUCUGGAAGAGUUUCCCUGGAAAGAUGACGGACUCACUGAGGAAACCACAGCGCAGGCUGGUCUGUGAGAGCAGCAACAAGGCCCUGACCCUGCAGAACGCCGGGAGGUUCUCUGUCAACUGGUUCAUCCUGUUCAACGACGCACUGGUGCACGCACAGUUCUCAACCCAUCACGUCUUCCCAUUGGCCACACUGUGGGUGGAGCCUAUUCCAGAUGAGAAUACUGGCUUGUAUGGACUGAAAGUGAUCUCACCCGAGGAGACAUUCACCCUGCUGGCCACCUCACCCAUGGAGAAGGCCAAGUGGCUGCGCUCCAUCAACCAGGCAGUGGACCAGUCUCUGAGUGGGGUGGGGCAGGAGGCCAUGUCAAUCAACAUGGGGGUGGGACAGAAGGCGGAGCCUCCCAUGUCCAGGACCGCCUCCUACACCUUCUACAAGGAUAGCAGGCUGAAGGAGGUGACUUAUGAAGGCCGCUGGCUGGCUGGCAAGCCCAACGGCAGGGGAGUGUUGAAAUGGCCUGAUGGAAGAAUUUAUACUGGGGCUUUCAAGAACGGUCUGGAGGACGGGUUUGGUGAGUACAUCAUUCCCAACAAGACGCUGAACAAGAAUGAUCACUAUCAGGGCUACUGGAAGGAGGGCAAGAUGCACGGUCUGGGGACAUACAGGUACGCCAGCGGCGAGGUGUACGAGGGCUCCUUCCAGGACGGCCUGCGCCACGGCCACGGCAUGUUCCGCACCGGGAAGCUUAACUCCUCUUCCCCCAGCGUCUUCAUUGGCCAAUGGCAGCACGACAAGAAGACUGGCUACGGCGUGUUCGAUGACAUCACCAAGGGGGAGAAGUACAUGGGCAUGUGGCUGGACCAUAUGCGUCAGGGUACCGGAGUGGUGGUCACCCAGUUCGGCCUGUACUACGAAGGAGCGUUCAAAGACAACAAGAUGAUGGGCACUGGGGUCCUCGUGUCAGAAGAUGACACAACGUAUGAAGGUGAAUUUUCUGAGGACUGGACUCUGAACGGAAAGGGGGUGCUGACUAUGUCUAAUGGGGACUACUUGGACGGUUCCUUCAGUGGAGAAUGGGGCUCUGGCCUCAAGGUCACCGGCUCCUACUUCAAACCAAACCUCUAUGAUGCUGACAAGGACAAGAGCCGCUCCGUUAAGCUGGGUCGUCUGUGUGUGAGUGCGGAGGACAAGUGGCAGGCUGUGUUUGAGGAGUGUUGGAGCCAGCUGGGCUGUGAAGCUCCGGACCGAGGAGAGAACUGGAGAGCCUGGGAGAACAUCGCCGUGGCCCUCACCACCAGCCGCCGACACAUCCAGGACAGCCCGGAGCUGUUGUCCCGGAGCCACAGCAGAACCCUGGAGAGCCUGGAGGUGAUCCCGCAGCACACAGGAUUCUUUGGCAUGGAGCGGUACAACACCAUCCACUCCUACCUCAUCAAGGCGUGCGACACCCCCCUCCACCCGCUGGGCAGACUGGUGGAGACCCUGGUGGCGGUCUACAGGAUGACCUACGUGGGCGUGGGCGCCAACCGCCGGCUCCUCCCGCAGGCCGUCAACGAGAUUAAGUCCUACCUGUGUCGUGUCUUCCAAAUCGUCAGGUUCCUGUUCCCAGACAUGCCAGAAGAGGGCGGUCUGAUCCCAGAACCUUCCACAUCAAACCAGUCGGAUGAGACGGAGCCCGGCUCCACAGACACAACGCAGGAGUCUCCUAAACCUGGGCAUGUGGUGAGCAGCUCGGCCCUGCUGCUGCCGGUCCUGCUGCCCCGUCUCUACCCGCCUCUCUUCACGCUGUAUGCGCUGGACAAGGAGAAGGAGGACGAUGAGUACUGGGAGUGCGUCCUGCGCCUCAACAAACAGGCCGACCUGGCCCUGCUGGCCUUCCUGGGGGUCCAACAGAAGUUCUGGCCGGUUUCUGUCCCUGCCUCUCUUUCAGCUUUAGGAGACAAGCAGCAGGUUCUCUCCAGCACCAAGGACGUCUGCUUUGCCUCGGCAGUGGAAACUCUACAGCAAAUCAGCACUACAUUCACACCAUCAGACAAGCUCCAAGUUAUCCAGCUGACCUUUGAGGAGAUCACACAGGAAGUGCUGUCGCUAUUAAAGCAGGACUUCCUGUGGUCCAUGGAUGACCUGUUUCCCGUCUUCCUCUAUGUCGUGCUGCGUGCACGAAUCAGGAAUUUGGGGUCAGAGGUCAGCCUGAUUGAGGACUUGAUGGACCCCUGUGUACAGCAUGGAGAGCAUGGCAUCAUGUUCACAACACUCAAGGCAUGCUACUACCAGAUCCAACAUGAGAAGAUCACUUAAGGAAGGCAUAGCCGAAGUCCACCCACCUCCUCCCAAAGUCCAGGUGCCAGCCAAUGAGAGGGCUGGGAUCGGUGAGCUUUGGCAUGAUGGAUGUCCAAAUCGUGACGGAUGUGCAAGGCGACCAUUGGGAGACAACUCCAUCUGCUGCUGUUAUGAAGACAGGACCACGUCCCCCACUCUUAUCACACACACACACACACGCACACAUAGCCUAGUGAUCCCUUUAAGCCUGUUGUCCAGGGAUCAUCAUUGUUAAAGGUAAACAUAUGGUAUUGUCUGUAUUGUGCAUCCACCAGUAAGCCCUUUCCAUACUGUCCAUUUUGAAAAUAAUGAAACAGAACAGGAACAGCAGACAGUUAACCUGUUGAAGACUGUGUGAAUCACACUUCCUAAAUGAAGGAGCUUGUUUAACAGCACACUUGAUGGGUCCUCGGGUGAACCAGAGAACUUAUGGGAACCCUUUCAGUGGAUUUUUUUGUAUUACAAGGUAUCAUACAGUGUCACUGACCCUGGUCUUACGGUUCACUAACACCAGGUUAGAAUUUUGCCGCCAGUGUCCAGUCAAACGACGGUAAAUUGUGGUUUUCGCUAUGCAGUUUACCUGCUGGACUGGAGACUCUGGCUUCUGUAUGUGGCCAGCUAGCUAGUAAAACGAUGUCACUGAUAAGUUUAUGUUUGGGUUUUGGACUCCACCCACUACUGUGACCAAUGGGGAAGAGAUGACUGAGGUAAGGUUCAUCCUCCGGUAAAUAUGAUAUCCCGCGUCCCUCCAGACGCUGAGAGGGAUCUUCAACAUGACCUCCGGCCCUGAAAAAGACCUUGUGUUGAUCUGAUGGUUGAAACGGGUCUGCAUGGACCUGUUGACCUUUCCUCCUCAAAGCCUUCUCAGUGGGACGUUUAGAAAUAAGCAUGUCCUCUAAAAGUGUGUCAACAUCACAUCUUAUGGUGCUCAGUAUUACUACGUGCAGAGCACGGUGCAAUGGCCAAACAAUCAGUGGCCCGGUCUGAAUAUGUACAUCAGCAACAAAGCUCUUGGUGUUUGAGCAGAUACAGUUUCUCAUCAUCUGGUUCAUCCACCAGCGGUGGGUUGUGAGUGGCCAUGACCGGGUCGGUGGAUGAGAAACCACUAAUGGGAUAGUUAUAUUAUUAUAAGACGCUGAACCAGGACUUCAUUUCCAGGGUAAAAUAGUUUGUUCCAUGAGGACGAACCAGCCAGGAACUGCAGUCAUCACACCCGGUUCAACUGACCUCGAACCUCUGUCCAAGACCAAGCAAAGAUCCAAACCAGUAGGGUGGAAAAUAUUAUUUAUAGAUUGAUAAGCUCAAUCUGAGGCACCUUCUGUCUGUUUUUCAUGUGAUUUUAAAGCGUUAAAGAACCUAAAUGAGUUUAGGAUUUUUUUUAUGGUAACUAACAGACAUACGGUUGAUUGUUUCAUGUCACUUGGCUUUGCAGGCCUACGUCAGGUCUCCAUGUGCAGGUCUGGAAAACAGACUUGUUUCUGUAGCUGGGACUCGAAAACCCAUCCACUCUCACCUUUCGUUUUUCUGAUAACUGACCAACUUUCAAACUCAAGGCGAGAAAAUAUGGCAGGAAAUGAGAAAAUGUGGAUCUUUGAGGUGGAUAAUGUCUCUUCAGGGGGUCUGUUGGAGGUGGCCUGCAGGAUUAGCUUUUUAAGAUGACGUUUAAACAGGAGGUUGAUGAAGAUGAGUGUGUCAGGAAGUAAGCAGCGAUGCCAUUCUCAGUGGAGACCCUCAUCAUCUUCAUCAUAAGGAGUUUAGUGCCGCUGUGGUGAGAUGUCAGAACCAGACACUAGCUAAAUGAGGAUUAAGCUCGGCUGUGGUUUGUUCUUUUCUUCCUUUUUCUCUUCCAACCAUUUUGAUACAUGGCCAACAGUCGUGACGAUUUUAUAGAACUCCUGGUUGCUUGUUGAGAUGCUGAGGAUGUUGGCGUCUGUGGCGAGGAGACAGACAGGUGUGUGUCCCUUGGUGUCAGUAAAACGAGGCGUCAUUAUAGCUGAAACACGCUAAGCGGCCUCCCUUUGCCAUCUGUUACGCUGCCCACCGCUUUCAUUUAAAACCCGUUUAUAGCAGCUAAGUGUUGGACCGUGUCUAUUUGUGUCCCGCUGUCCUCACACCACAUUGAACUGGCUUAGACCAGAUUCCAGGGCUUAAAGACCCCAGACCACCAGGCCCCGUUUCAUAUAAAGGCUUUUUUUUUCAUCCAGAUUUAAAUCCGUAGUGGCAUCGUGUGAAGAGAAGAGUUUGAUGUGCACUGUAAUGACAGAAGCGUCUUCAGGAGGAGGAGUGGAUUUUUCUGGUCUUUUGACAGGCACUUAAACGACUUCUUCAGCAAACCCAAUGAGUCCGAAAGACCCUGUUUCAACCAGUAACGGACUUCUUUGGUAUCCCAUGUGAUGAAUUUUCAUCUUGUAAUUCGAUCCAAAAAAACCCACGCACAUCACAGUAUGACAUCAUCUGUUGUGUUGUGAUGUGGACAGUGUGGUGAUGGAUCUCCAGCGAGCUCCAUCCUGGUCCACAUCAUCCAUUCUUGCUGCUUUGGAUAUUUUAUAGCGUUGGUGUCAGGCCGGCGUGGUCGAGGUUCGGUCAUACGGCGGGAAGAUGCCGGGGUCACCGGGGUCAAAUGAAGGUCACCAAAGGAGUUUUUGCGGUAGACUCUGCAAUACUGAAGUCUUAACGGUUUCAUUACACCCUCUAUGACUGUUGACAACGAAAUGAGCCUUUUCUGAAGAUAUUUGAAUAUAGGAUUUAUGAUCUCUGUGUGUGUGUGUGUGUGUGUGUGUGUGUGAGAGAGAAUGUGGAAACGUUGAGAUGAAGUGGUAAAUAGUUAUUUGCUCAUUAUAAACUGAGGUGGUGUUUGUAAUACUGUACUGUAUGUCUGACUCCAGUGACGAUUGACUGGUUAACUGACCUCUGUACUGGUUUACUAUGGAAGGAGUAUACUGUCACACUGCACACCUCAAGUAGGCCUGAUCCACGUCUGAGGACUGACGUGGAUCUUCACUGACAUUUGGUUGUAGCUUGCUAACGUUGCAUACAUUUCUGUGUCUUUUAUAUGUUAUCAAAUGUAAUUAUGUGUUGUACCUGCAGAAUGUUAACAAAGGGCAAUAAACUCAUUUUGAUGGA